AGCUUCCGUUCACCGUCUUCUCUAAUCCGAGCUCACCCUAAAAAACAAAAUAUACACUCUUUUCGUCCACGUAAGACGUCAAGGACCUCGAUUUUUGAGCUCUACGUGUUCUUAUACACCCAAUUCGCUUUUUUCCGGGAAAAAACGACCGCUGUCAAGGAUCAGUGGCCAGCGACAAAAAAAGUCGCCGAUUUCUCCACCCGUAUACACGAUUCGUCUCGAAGAUUAUCGUAACUAGGUUUAAAGGGCAUCCAUCCUUUUCCUCCUUGUGCCUUCCCAAUUCACGCGCCUGUUUGUUGUUUAAAGCCUCGAUUGCAGGAGUUCGUCUGCUUUCACGAGCUUUAUCUUCCCCGUCCACACUCACACUCUUGCAACACUCUUCGAAUAAGACUUAGUGUCCGUUCUUCCUUUUAGCGAUUGUAUGUGCUCGUUACAAAUUUUGCAGAUUAACGAGCAAUGUCUUCAAAAGAUGCAGGACGCCGGACAAAGUCAUUUACGAGAACUGUGGCAAGUCGUUACUCAUUGUUCCAGCUUUGUAGCCGCAGGUUACCGACUUGAAAAUGCCCUGUGGCGCUUGUGGAACUCUGAGGCUUCAUUACUGCUACAGAGAAAAUCUCUCAAAACGGAUCCAAGUUCAACUGCUUCCAGCAAUGGCCAACGUACUUCCUCCCACUGUUCAGAUACUCCUAUGGAUUCUCGUAGCAUCCAUCAGCACUCCUUUAACAAAUUCAUGGCCUUUUACGGCACUUUGGACGACGACGGCUCAGAACAUUCACUGGCGUUUCCUAAAAAGCAACUCAACUUCUCCCUCCACAAAAAUGCUUCUCCUCUGCGCAAAGACUCCAAAGGUCUGCUUUCUCAAGAUGCGCUCGAAAAGAGCGUAGUGCCUUCCAAGAGUCGCAUACCGUCUAAAUCUUCAGCACCCCCAGCAACCAUUGUCCCUUCCAACCAUCAACAACAUUCGGCACCCAAACGUCCUUCAGCAUCUACGGCUCAAAUGGAAUCUCUCAAUUCCUCCGUCAAGAAGGAUGUUUGUAGUAGCAGUGUUCUUCCAAACGGUCGUAUACAUUUGAGUCGCCGCAAGACUGGACCUGCUGUUGCUUCGCAGUCGAGCGUCAAGGGAAACGCCAAUGCUGGCUCUCUUCCACGUCGUUCUUCCAACGUGAGCCUUUCAGCGGGCAGACGUCAAGCUGCUCGUACACGCUCCUCUCACAACAUUCGCCCUGCUCGUAGCAACUCCCCACAGAAGCAUAACACACCGCCCGCAAUUGUUCUGGAACCAAAUGAAGUUAUUUGCGGCUUUGAAGCUUCUGCAUUCACUCGACCAAACAGUCAUCUACCAAGGCUUCGUCCGUUAACACCUUUGGUCCCGACCAAAUCUUCCAUGGCCAGGCUUACGGAAAGAAGGCCAACGUCUAAGCAGGGUGCUACUUUAGCCGUGCCCACUCAUUCUUCCUCUCCAGACAAGAAGCUGUCACACGUAUCCGAACAACCUACUGUCAGCACGAAUGGCCAUCAGAAAUGCGUACCUCCCGGUCAUGAAGACGUUCCGCAUAAAGGCAUGUUCUACUUUCAGAACAGUGUUUCGGAUGAUGAUGUUUCUGGGCAUUCGCAAUCUGUCGCACAAGAUGCGAAUACUGUCGACAACGUGGGUAAUCCUAAUGGCUUACGUGCUCACGAAACAAAGUCUCGUAAUAAACAGUCUACAGACGCACCAAAUGCUGCGCGCACUUCCGACAAUGAUGACGAAUGGUCUUCUGACAGUGACAGUUUCGAGCCACAUGUUUUCAGAAAAAUAGAUUCAUCUCUCGAACGUCCAAGUCUACAUUCACAUAAAAGCAUUCUCUCCGAACUACUAGGCUCUCACUCAUACAAAGGCAGCAACGUUAAGCUUCCAGCUGAAUUUAAUGAAACAGAAAUUAAUAUGGAAGACGAUGCCGUUGCAUCGUCUGACGAUGAAGCUGAUUUCGACAAGGAUUUCCCUGCGAUCCCGAUGGUAUCUAAACGUUCCUUUAAUAUUCAACACGAGACUUCGCCCGAAGCCGUACGUCGUCAAAUGCUAUCAACCGAGCUGUCUGAGAGUUUGAAACAGAGCCUGCUUUGGGACAAACAACAGAAGAAGAAGACCAGUUCCGCUUUCUUGAGUCGGCAUCUCACAAGCGAAGUACCUCAACCUCAGGAGUUUACGGAUUUCAAUGGAAACCAAGUCUCGUCCAUGAAAUCGUUUUUUCAAGGAGACCCAGCAUCCGUUUGGUAGAAGAAUCGGACCUACAAUGAACAAGCACAGUAUUUCUUUUUAAACCGGUUUGUUGCUCGUUCAUCUUUAAAUUUCAAAUUCAUCUCUGCAUCCGUCUCCCUUCCAUUCUCAUGCGUCUCCGAUUUAUGUUUCCCGAUUUUUUUCCCAUUACCAUUUAACGUUCCCUUUCUUUAAUGCAAUGAUGUUUUCCAUUUCCUGUCAGUGACAAUUUCUCUCGUCUUUAUAGCUGCUAAGACAAAAAGUUUUGAUUUGAAUAUUCUUCUUCUGCAAGAAGGCAAUAUAAAAACGAAGAAGGAGGGUUGUUUCACAUUUUUUGUAACCAAAAAUCAUUUAAAAAAGAUAAUUUAACAUUGUAAGUAAUGAAAACCCAAUUUUAAUUUUUUUUCUAUACCUAAAUAAUAGUAAGAAAAUAGUAUGUUUGAAAAAAACAAUUUUCAACACAUUUAGUGAUAAAUAUGACCUUUCACAAGAAGCAUUAGG